AUGAGCGACAACGCUUCUGUCAUGAAUGUAGAUGGAGCUUCCGUUUCAGAAGCCAUUUUAUCAGCCAACGAGACAAGAGAUAUUGUCUUACCAAAUCAGAAUGAGCACGUCGCUCAUAUCGCUGUCGACAUUGGCGGUUCACUGGCCAAGAUUGUAUAUUUUACAUCCUCAGCAGAUAGAGAAGGUGGUAGACUUCACUUCAAAAAGAUAGAAACCGAGAAAAUAGACGAAUGCAUCGACUUUAUUGCUGAUCUUGUUGCUGACGCUCGUUUAUUAAGACCUGAAAACACAAACUAUGUACUCAAGGCAACAGGAGGUGGUGCUUACUUGUUCUUUGAUAAACUGCAAGAAAGACUGCCGGGUGUCAUUAUCCAAAAGGAAGAUGAAAUGGAGUGUCUCAUUACUGGGCUCAACUUUUUCAUUACCGAGAUUCCAUACGAAGUAUUCACCUACAACGAACAAGAGACAGAUCCAAUGAGAUUUGAAGAGAAAACAAGAGACAUUUACCCUUACAUGCUGGUAAACAUUGGAUCAGGUGUGAGUAUACUCAAGGUGACAGGACCUGAUGAAUUCUCUCGUAUCAGUGGUACAUCUCUGGGAGGCGGUACUCUUUGGGGCCUCAUGUCGUUGCUAACAAAAGCAACGUCCUUUGAUGAAAUGCUAGAGAUUUCAAAGGACGGAGACAACAAAAAUGUGGACCUGUUAGUGGGAGACAUCUAUGGUACAGAUUACACUAAAUUAGGGCUCAAAGCGACCAAGAUUGCUUCCAGUUUUGGCAAAGUAUUCAAAAAGGGCGUACAGCACUCUCAAGAUGAUUUCCGUGCCUGCGAUAUUGCAAAGAGUUUGUUGUUUAUGGUCAGUAACAACAUUGGACAAAUUGCUUACCUAAAUGCCAAACAACACAACCUGAAACGCAUUUAUUUUGGGGGCUGCUUUAUUCGUGGACAUCCUAUUACCAUGAACACACUGUCAUAUGCCAUCAAUUUCUGGUCUAAUGGAGAUAUGAAGGCGCUAUUUCUUCGACAUGAGGGGCAUUUAGGAGCGACUGGAGCCUUCCUCAAGCACUCUGUCAUUCGCAGAGCCAGACACUCGUUCUCGUUUUCCGAAAACAACUUUAUACCUCAAAUGAAUCCAGAUCCCAAGAACGUGUAUGGCGUGUUAGAGGACACCAAUGUAGAAUUACGCUCAGAUAAAUAA